GGGGCUUGCUUGGCGCGAGGCGUGCGGGAGGGAGGAGGAGGGAGGAGGUGGUGGUGGUGGUGGAAGGUUGGAUGAAGGAUUCUGAACCGGCGCUUCGUUGGCCGUAAGGCUCCAUCAUCACAAAGCUCGGCACCACCGCCGGCACCACCGCCGCCAUGGUGCACCGCACCGGCGUCUCGGACGCGGGGACCCACGGCGCCGCGGACCCCGGGGGGGCCGCGUCCCCGGCGGCGGCGGGCGCCGGGGACGCGGCCUGGUGCCGCACGGCCAGCGGGCACAUCAAGAGGCCCAUGAACGCCUUCAUGGUGUGGUCGCAGAUCGAGCGGCGCAAGAUCAUGGAGGAGUCUCCGGACGUGCACAACGCGGAGAUCUCCAAGCGGCUGGGCCGCCGCUGGAAGCAGCUCAAGGACGGCGAGAAGGUGCCCUUCCUGCGGGAGGCCGAGCGCCUGCGCCUCAAGCACAUGGCCGACUACCCCGACUACAAGUACCGGCCGCGCAAGAAGGCCCACGUCAACAACAACAACAACAACGCCAACGGCGGCGGCGGCGUCAGCGGCGUCGUGGGCGGCGAGCUCGGUGAGAAGGCGCCGCCAGCGCCGGAGGCGGCGGAGAGCGACUGCUCCGCGAAUCUUGGCGGCGAUGGCGCCGACCGCGACGCGGCCAAGAAGAAGAAGCGCAAGAGGAAGAGCGUGGCCGGCGGCACGAGGCCCGCGGUGGAGGCGGCGCGGCGCCACUCGCCCGGCGCCAAGCGGCGCAGGGUGGCGGCGCCCGCUCGCGACGGGGCAGGCGCCGCCGCCAUCGACGCCGACGGCGCCGCCGCCGCCGCGGCCACCGCCGGCAGCAGGCCGCCCGCGCUGUCGGGCGGCAAAGGGGCCGGAGCGGCGGCCCUCGUCUCCCGCCCGGCGUCCACCUCGUCGUCCUGCUCCUCCCCUUCGUCUCUGUCCACCUCGUCCAUGUAUUCAUCCUUCGCCUGUUCUGACGACGACGCCGACGAUGAUAUUGACGACGACGAUGACGUCGAAGAUGAUGGGGGCUUGGGGGAGCGCGGAGGUGGAGGGGUUGGGGGUGCCGUGGGGGCGUCCUCCUGGGGUGCGGAGGUGUACGGUGCAGGGCAGGGGGGGGCAGACAGCUGGGAGGCCCAGGGAGGAGGGGGGCUGCUGCUGCAGGGCGCCUCCUCUCCCUGGGGGGGCGCUCGGUGCGGGGAGCGGGACGGGGGGGGCAGCGGGGGGGGGCAGUCGUGGGACUCGCAGAGCACGGGCAGCAGCCGCUGCUCACACUUUGACUUUCCCGACUACUGCACCCCGGAGGUGAGCGAACUCAUAUCGGGCGACGUCGGCGACGCCACCUCCACCGUCUCCAACCUCGUCUUCACCUACUGAGCGUCAAGCUCGUCUUCACCUACUGAGCGUGCUGGAUAGCCCCCCCACCACCACUCCCCACGCCCCACCCCCCUCCGCGUGUGGGUUAUCUUCCCCCACGGUUUUGUAAUCGCCGGGUUGGUGAGUUUCUACUCUGCAGCUCGACCCUCGUGCGUGCUGCUCCCGGUGUGUGCCGCACUACUGCCCCCCCCCCCAGCGCCCCCCACCGCCCCCCACCACUCGGUCGUCCCCGUGGCCUGCACACGCCUCGCGUUUCAUCGUCACGUUCUCGGGGGGCCCAGGCUAACCCUGCUGGGCGCUCUCGUGAAACGACGACGACAACAACAGCAAUACGCGUUGCUGCCUGGAAAAACAAAUCUAAAUUAAGAUAUGAUAUCAUUUUUGUCGUUGUUGUCGUUUGUAGAACGCAGUCGUUUCGCGAGGCCCACGUGUCGCCCAGGGAGAAACGCCUGGCUGCGUCUCCAGACUUUGUGUGUGCGGUGUUUUCGGGGUUUUUUUUAUUCGGGAGUGGUGCUGCCACGUGGAUGGUGACAAUUGGGCGCGUUGCGUUGUAGGCGAGUGGCUGCCUCUGUGUGGAGGGGCACCGGGGAGGCACCCAGCUCGUGGCCACGCUUCCAGCAUUGCCCACACCUGCAACACCUGGCAAGCCCCCCUGGUGGUGGUGGUCCAUCCUAAGUACAAACCGGGCUUUGGGCCUGCUUGGCUUCCCAGAAUCCUCGAGACUGGAACACAACUCGCUCUGGAAGAUGCGGUCUGCUCCAAGUAUCGAGUUGUUUUUCAUUUUGUUUUAACUCAACGAGUACUCGGCCAGGAUGAGUACUCUGAUUUGCAAUGGUGAGCGGGUGAGACGUGGCUCGCCGAUAUGGCAACAAACAAAACCCCAUACAACGUUGAGUACAACGAGAAAUCAAACAGACAUCGGAGCAAAAGCAAUCGCGUUACAAAAUAAACGAAAUAAUAAUAGACUCUAGACUGCGAUUCGUACAAGGCGCUGUAGGUGACGUUGACGUUGCUGGAGAUCGCGUUUGUAGAAACGGGUGACUUUAAAGACUGUGGUUGGUUGUCUCCAGCAGUAGCAAGCAGCAGCGUCACGUGUCCCACUACAGCGCUCCACGUCACAAUGGGGGGGGGGUCCUGAGGGGCCUUCAGAAGGGCUCCUUGGGGGGCGGGUGGGG